AUGGAUCCUUCUAAACUUGAAUUAUUAUUCGAGCAGCAGAUGAAACUUAUUCAAAUGUUAGCAUAUGCAAAGCGUACGUCUAAUACCCAACCAAGCAGUUCUAAUCCUACUACUACCGCACCAUCAGUUGAUGGUAUUUCUAACAGUAUCUCCGAGUUUCAUUACGAUCCAGAAUCCAAUGUCACGUUUGAUAUGUGGUUUCGACGUUCCGAAGACUUAUUCAAAUUCGACUUUGCUAAUCAGGAUGAUGCUUGGAAGGUCCGCUUGCUGCUUCAAAAGUUGGGUCCUAGUGAACUAGACAAGUAUUGCAACCUAAUCCUGCCUUUAAACCCACCCGAUCGUUAA